GGAGUUGCGUUUGAGGUGUGCCCCUUCAGAAAUUGAUUGGCAAAAUGCUCAACAAUUGUGUGAUAAGUUAGAGUUGUUUCAUGAAGUAACCAAAUUAAUUUCUGGAACAAAGUACCCUACCGCCAAUAUUUUUUUCCAAAAAUAUGUGAAAUUAAGACCAACAUUCAAUCAUGGAUGUUAUCAGAGGUGCCUUUUAUUAAGGACAUGGCAACUCAAAUGAUGUCCAAGUUCCAGAAAUAUUGGCGAGAGAUUCACGGGCUUAUGUGUGUGGCGGUUGUUUUAGACCCGAGGUACAAGUUCAUGUUGCUCGAAUACUAUUUCCCUGUAAUUUAUGGAGAUGAGCAAUAUGUAACUGAAAUUGCGAAGGUUCGUGAGCUUUGUUGCGAGCUACUAGAGGAGUACGGGUCUAAGUUUCCUCAUUUGAGAGAAAGAAGGGUUCAAGAAGAAAAUGUAUCAACAUCGUCUUCAACACGCCGAUUGGAUGCCCUUUCUAACUUUGAUAGAUUUGUUAGAGCUUCCUAUCGAGUAGAGAAUAUGAAGUCUGAACUGGAUUUAUAUUUAGAGGAGAACUUGAUACCUAGGACUGAAGAGUCAUUUGAUAUAUGCAACUAUUGGAAGGUGACGGGCCUCAAAUACCCUUUGUUGAGUAUGAUUGCCAAGGAUGUAUUUGCUGUGCCUGUUAGCACUGUUGCUUCGGAAUCUACAUUCAGCACUGGUGGUAGGCACGUGAGUUCACAUCGAUCGAGACUUCAUCCUUCUACAUUAGAAGCAUUAGUAUGUACACAAAAUUGGUUGAAGACUGACAAAAAAGCAACAGUGAAUGAUGAAGAUAAUGAUGUUGAUCCAACAAUGGAGCCUUACGUAGUUGAUCUUGAUGAUUAGAGAGUACAUUGUUCUUUUUAGUAUAUGAGUGAGGACAUGGAUGAGAACAAAUUGUAGUGUUUAGUACUUAUGGUUGCUAGUUAUUAUAUUUGAGUUUAUGGUUGGUAGUUAUUAUUGAUGUAUUAAACAUUGUUAGUAACAAAAGUACAAUCUCAAACUUUCCUCUAUUAUGCAUAAUUGAAUCACUCAUUUAUUCAUUAUAACAAAAAUGCAAUUAUUCAUUGAAAACCUUAGUUUCCAACCUUAUCUAUUAUUAAAGUAAAAUUGAAAAAAAAACAUUACCAUCACACCCUUAUAAUUCUCUUCAUUAAAAAUAAAUUGACUUACAUAAUUAUUAUAAUAUUGAUUUUAAAACAUAAUCAAACAACAUAAUAGUUCUCCCAUUACCCAUGACUCAAAACAAGACAAAACCAAAGAAAAAAGAAAUCCCUUUUAAUAAGGCAUGUCAUAUUGUAAUAGUAUAAUAGUUAUAACUAACCACUUCCUAAUAAUAAUAAUAAUA